UAGUGAAAACAAUAGUAGAUUAAACAGCAGUAUGCUUUUAGAAGAACGUGGUGGUGUUAUAAUGGACAAAAAGGAGUCUAGUGGAACGGUGGUAAAUAGUACAAGAUAUUUAGCUGGCAACAAUACAACAACGACAAUAAUUAAACAAUCACCCACGUCACCCAUACCCAUGGAUGUGCAACAGCAACAAACGACGGCACAUACUUCUCAACAGCCUAGAGAAGAUAUAUACUCAACAACAACAACAACAAUAGACAACCUUAAUGAUACUACAACAAAUCUAAAUGAAAAUUUAGAUUUGACAACAACGUCACAAUCUACACAACAUCAGCUGCAUCAUCCAACUCUUUUACAGUCCCACCACCACCAACAGCAGCUGCAACAGCAAUCCUCUCAUUUACAACAGCAUCAUCAUCAUCAUCAACAGCACACAAAUUUGAGGCUUAAUGCUAAUAGCAACAACAACAACAGCAACACCGUUACAAACCCCAGCAAUCUUUUAAUUAAUUGUACACAAAAUAUUGCAUAUCCAAGACAAAAACAAGAGUUACCUUUACCUUUAACCACAUCAAUGACUGAGUGUCAAUUGACACCCUCAGAAGUGGCAGCAGCAGCGGCUGUUGUCCACGAACAACGACCACCACCUCCUUCAUAUCAUACAACAACAGCAACAUCAUCAAAUUCCCAAACCUCUCAAACAAAACUAUAUCAUCAUCAUGCCUCAUCUGCAGCCUCUGCAAAUUCAACUUGUACAAAUGAAAUGGAUUCUAUGGUUUCUUCCACAGCCCCAGAUCCCUUAACUGCUUCCUCCGCCGCUGCAGCUGCUGCCUCUUCACGCCUAACGGCCUACGAACAAUUUCUCAAGUUAUCAGCGCAAGAAUAUACAACAGCCGCUGAAAGUGCAGCUUUAAAUUUAAGUUCAGCAGCAGCAGCGGCUGCUGCCAUGGCCGCCGCAGCAGUAGCCAAUGUCACUGGAGCUGUAAGUAAUAAUAGUUCUUCUUCUUCACCUCUAGUGGGUGGCUUAGUAGUGGGCGCGAGUAGUGGUGGUGCAAGUGUUGGUGGUGGUGGUGGUGUUAGUAAUAUUUUAAGUAGUAUUGGUAGUAGUAAUAGUACAGCAUUGCUAAAUGCCAGCAAUAGCAAUGAUUUGUCCUCGUCACUGCAUCAUUAAAUAUGUUGUAUGUAUUUUAUUUUUGUUUGUUCGUGAAUGUUAUAGGAAAUAUUGGAAAUUUUAAGGUUUAGGAAACAAAUUUACAUAUUUUUAAAUAUUCUUGUUAAAAUAACAUUUGGUUAAAUGAAAAACUUUACAAUUCAGCAUUUGUUAAGGAAAUUGAAAAAUUAUCAAAUUUGGGUGAUUUUCAAGAACUCUAUGAAAAAAACUCCAUUGAUUGCUUUCUAUUUUGAGAAAGUUUUCGAAAUUCUCUAGAAUCGUAUUGGUAACAACUACUUAUAACACUAAUUCGAAUCGAAAGGAAACUAUUUUGAACUACAAUGAGUUAUUUAAACAAAUUCGAACAUUUUGCCUACUCUAUAGUCCAGAUUAUAGUAUAUUUUAUAGUCCAGACUAUAGUCUAUUCUAUAGUACAGACUAUAGACUAUUGUAUAGUCCAGACUAUAGUCAAGACUAUAGUCUAAUCUAUAGUGCAGGCUACAGUCUAUUCUAUAGUAGUUUUGGAACUCGAAACCUUGUUUUUCUAAGUAAAUUGUGAAGUUUUUUAUUGUUUAAAUGUUAUUUUAAUUACAAUCAGUGAUGCCAGGAGAAUUUUUUCAGAAAUCCCUACGCUUAUGAGAAAAAAUCCCUUUUUUCCCUACACCCACUUUUUAUUUUCCCUACAU